CGUGCAUGUGUGUGGUGACGCUGUACAGGGGUCCCGUAUGUGGGGCAUCUGUCCACACGGCGACUCCAGGUAUCAGUCCGACGCCACGCUCCCAGCGUGCGUAAUUCGUAAUCAUGGACUUCCUCAAGUCUGCAGUCGCCUCGGCGAUAUCCAAGGGCUACCCGACGUGGGGAUAUACCUUUGGCGACCGCGUGGACAUUGACGACUCCAUCUGGACACUACACAAUGGCACAAAGCGAGAAGACGGGUCGAAAUGCAGCAUUUUCUCCUUUGACAUCACCGCGAACAAGUCCCGACUGCCGCUCGCGCGCAAUGCGCUCCGGAAACUGCGCACCCUGCGGCACCCAGGCGUGGUGAAGGUCCUCGACACACAGGAGUCCGAGACGCACAUCUACGUCGCGACCGAGCGACUGACGCCGCUGAGCUGGCACGUCAAGCGCAAGAGCCUCACGGAAGAAACGACAAAAUGGGGACUGCACAACGUCGCGAAGACGCUCAAAUUCAUAAACGCCGACGCGGCCUCGAUACACGGCUGCAUACGGCCGGCCUCGGUCUUCUUCGGCGAGAGCGGGGAGUGGAAGCUCGGCGGCUUCGACGCGCUGAGCGCCGUCAAGGAGGACGACUCCAUGCUGCCGACGUACGGCGGCCUGAUACCGGACGCGGGGCGGUACAUGGCGCCCGAGAUCGUCAAGGCGGGGUGGGAGGUCAUCAAGCAGAACCCCACGCCCGCGGUCGACGCGUACGACUUUGGCAUCCUGAUCUUCGAGUGCUUCAAUGGCAGCUACAGCAGCAGCGACCAGCUACAGCAGCUGAAGAGCAUUCCGCCGAGCAUGCACCAGUCGUACAAGCGUCUGCUGAACCCGAACCCAAAGUCGCGGAUGAGCGUGGGGCAGUUCCUGGACCAGGGGAAGCGCAUAGGAGGGUUCUUCCAGACGCCGCUGAUCCAGGUCACCGAGGACAUCGACAACCUGGGGCUGAAGGCCGAGGACGAGCGGAAUGAGUUGCUUGGGCAACUCGACAAGGUCGCCGACGACUUCCCCGCCGACUUCUUCAAGAUGAAGGUGCUCCCCGAGCUGCUCAAGUCGGUCGAGUUCGGUGGCGGCGGCGCGAAGGUCUUCGGCACUGUCAUGCAGAUUGGGCAGAAGCUGACGGACGAGGAAUACGAGGCGCAAAUCACGCCGGUCGUUGUGCGGUUGUUCGCGAACCCCGACCGGGCGAUUCGCGUCUGCUUGCUGGACAACCUGUCGCUGAUGAUCGACCACCUCCCGCAGAAGCUUGUCAACGACAAGAUCUUCCCUCAGAUGGUCACCGGCUUCACAGACGUAGCGCCAGUCGUCCGCGAGCAGACAGUGCGCGCAGUCUUGACAGUCGUCCCCAAGCUCUCCGACAGGGUCAUCAAUGGCGAACUCCUCAGACAUCUAGCAAAGACCGCCAACGACGAGCAGCCGGGGAUCCGCACCAACACCACCAUCUGUCUGGGCAAGAUCGCGCGCAACCUCGGCGUCAACAGCAGAGCAAAGGUCCUCGCCGCAGCGUUCGCCCGCGCACUGCGCGACCCCUUCGUCCACGCGCGCAACGCGGCCCUGCUCGCCCUCGCCGCCACCGCCGACCUCUUCAGCGAGGACGACUGCGCCACCAAGCUCCUCCCCAUCAUGUGCCCGUCGCUCGUCGACAAGGAGAAGCUCAUCCGCGACCAGGCCCAGAAAAGCGUCGACAUCUACAUGGCCCGCAUCCGCAAGCACGCCGCCACGAUGCCCGACACCGUGCUCCCCGCCCCCGGGCCCUCGAGCUCCACCGGCGCCGCAGGAACCACCCCGCGCAUCGGCACGCCCGCCGCCGAGGCCGGCUGGGCGGGUUGGGCCAUCUCGAGCUUCACGCACAAACUCGCGCAGACCAGCGGCACCAUCGCACCCGCGGCCGCAACCGAACAGCGCGCCUCGUCCGUCCCGCCGUCCAAGCCCCCCGUCCCGCUGGCCUCGAAACCCGCCGCGCUAGCGUCGACACGCAGCUCCGCAGCCGUCCCGACCGUGGCGUCGCCCGCGGCCUUUGACGACGCCGAGUUCGACGGCGACUGGGGGUUCGGCGACGAGAGUAACAGUAAUAGCAAUAACAACACCACCGACGCGUUCCACGAUGCGGCAGACGCGUUCGACGACGACCCGUGGGGCGCGCCCGCGGCGAAACCCGCAUCCACCACCGCGUUCGACGACGCGGGCGAGCCGGACUUUGCGGGGUGGCUGGCGGCGCAGAACGCGGGGAAGAAGAGCGGGGCGAAGGCGCUGCCGAAGGGGCUUGCGAAGGCGGGGGGGUCGGCGGGGGUGAAGACGGCUGCUGCGAAGAAGAGUGUCCCGGCGGCGGCGCGGAAGGUGGUUGUGCCGGCCAAGAAGGAGGUGGUCAAGAAGGAGCCGGUCAAGGCCCAGGGGAAGGACAAGGAGGACGAAGUGGAAGGGUGGGGGGAUGACUGGUAGGUGGAUACGCAGGAGGGAGUCAGCGAGCAGGACAGAGGAAAUGAGGGGAGAAGGGCGUGCAGCAUAGCGACGGCGUUACUAGAUCUAACAGAUUACACGCGCGGGUAUCGAGUAUAUACAUGGCUUCUCUGCGCUUGUCCAUGCCGUGCUGAGAUCGCUACUUCCACAUGCGUGUUUACAUCAGAUGUGGUGGUGCUCCAUGCACUCCUCUGUAGAGC